AUGUUGACUGUGGAGGAAACAGAAGGAAAAUAUGAAGGAGAUGUCAAAUCUGGGUCAAGAGAAGUGGACGAAGAAGAAGAAGAAGAAGAAGAAGAAGAAGCGUUGUCUCUGUGUGACUUACCAGUCAAUUUGAUCGAAGAAGAUGGAAAUUUUAAAAAAUCCGUACAUGAAGAAGAAACUCGGGGAGUUGAAACGGGUGAAGAUUUUGAUUUCGGGUCAUGGGUCGGGUCUAUUUCGGCAGAGCAAGCGGAGAUGUGCGCAGCCGACGAAGUGUUCUUCAAAGGCCAAAUUCUACCACUGCGUCACUCGGUGAGUUCCGACAAAGGAUUAUUCGAGUUCCACCGGAACCCUAGCCGGUGCGUAUCCAGGUCUCAAUCCAUGGACCAUUGCUUAUCGGCGGGUCCGUUCACCAGCAGUGCAACCAGCAGAAGCAGCAGUUGCAGAAGCCAUUAUUCUUCUUCAAGCAGCUCUGCGAGCUCAACAAACAACAACGCGAGAAAUUCCAAUCCGCGAAUCAGAAACCAGUUCAUCAUCACCCACCCGAGUCCCAAACCGCAAUUAAGAACUUCCAUUGCUAGAAAUGGAAAUCCUGUCAGCGCGCGGAUCCAAAAGUUUUCGAUGUGGGAUUUUUUCAGACUCGGUUUAGUUCGUGCGCCGGAAAUUGAACUGCGAACCGCCGGCGGAACCACCAACAACAUAAACAGAGGUUCAGUGAGUCGUAACAACAGUUGGAGCAGCAGUAACAGCAAUUCGAGUGUGAAGAAUUCCAACAGGACAAGUCAGGGAGAAUUCAGAAUAGAGAAACAGAGGGGACCGAGUUUCAUGGAGAAGAGAAAAGCGUUGUUUAAUGGCUGUAAAUGUUCUGUCAGUGCAGUCGAAACAGUUCCAUUAAACAACAUCGUCAUCAUUAAAAGCUGUAAGGGUGAUCAGGUGAAGAAGCAGAGCAACGACAGAAUCAUAGCCGUCAUGGAAGAGAAGCUUCAAGAGCUGAAAAUAAAGAAGAAAUCAAAGGAAAAGCAAGAAGGAAAACAAGCUUUGUCACGUCACAGGACUUUUGAAUGGUUAAAGGAACUUCCACACGCGGGCUAUGUCGAUCAUGAAGCUUAG